AACUGUCUGCAUGCUGAUCCAAUCAGCUUCAGCCAACGAAUAGCGUGCUCCAGCCUCCGGAUGACGGAUUUCGGCGGAACUUGCCCCAAAGAAGCAACGCUCAGCGAACUUGCAGAUGCGGGAUUGCUGAAGCUUGAGGUCAUCGAACCAUCGAACUUUGAGUAGCUCUUAUAUCUACAUUCGCUUUUUAAUUCGCAUUCGCGCAGCUAUCCUUCAAUUGAUAGACCGGAAGGUAUCCAGCCGUCACCAUGCCGAUGAGCGGACUUCUUUCAUCAUUUGUCGCCGCGGUGCAGGCAUCUUUGUCGGUGCUACUCGUCAUAUCUUAUGGCGGUAUCGCAGCGAAACUGGGGCUCCUCGACUCGAGCAACGGCAAAGCAAUCAGCAAAAUAUGCGUCAAGAUGUUUCUCCCUGCGCUACUACUCAUCCAGAUAGGCACGGAACUGCACCUCGGCUCCGCGCAUCGCUACCUCAUCAUCCUGUUAUGGGCCUUCAUAUGCCAUUUGAUCAGUUUUCUUAUUGGUAUUUUUGCGCAUGUAGUAUUUGGGCUGCCAGACUGGGUCACUGCUGCUAUCAUGUUCAAUAACACCACAAGCUACCCGCUGCUCUUGAUCCAAAGCUUGAACGAGACGGGCAUCUUGGUCAAUCUCAUUGUCGGCGACGAUACGACAAGGGCAAUGAUUGGGAGGGCAAAGAGCUACUUUCUAGUCUUCGCGACCGUCAGCAGUUGCUUAACAUUUGCGGUGGGCCCGCGACUGAUCGAUUCGGAGCAUGCGCCGGACGACUCAGAUGACGACAAGACACUCGACGAGGAGGAUGACAUGGGUGUCAAUGAACGGGAUUUAGAGGGCGAAGGAAGUGCCUGGCCACCAACUGAACAAACCAGGCUUCUAGAUUCUCCGCCUCAUGAACGGCAACGGAGUCGCCACGAGAGUGUCGUCGGCAUCACUUUCUUUCCCUCGAAGCCGAAGUUUACAACCGUAAAACGACGCCCAGUGUAUAUACCACACCCACAUUGGGCUGACCUCAGCCCGAGGAUCCGGUGGUGGCUAUUGUUCUUCUACGACUUCCUGAAUGCGCCAUUACUAGGAGCUGUGCUAGGAGUGAUUAUUGGCUUGACUCCUCCACUUCACCGGGCAUUCUUCGAUAGCACUUACAACGGCGGAAUCUUCACAGCGUGGUUGACAGAAAGCUGGAAGAACAUUGGAAGCCUAUUCGUUCCCUUGCCGCUCAUUGUUGCCGGAAUCUCGCUCUACACCUCCUACCAGGAAGGGAAACAAGGUGGUGAUCAGUCGAGCACAGCGAUCCCAAGAGCAACUACAGCUUUUAUCCUAGUCGUUCGCUUUGUUAUCUGGCCCAUUUUCAGCAUCGGCGUCAUUUAUGCUAUUGUGCAGCACUCUGGACGAAAUGGCUUUCUAGGUGACGAUCCGAUGCUCUGGUUCGCGAUGAUGCUCAUGCCCACGGGGCCUCCCGCAAUGAAGCUCAUCACUAUGGUCCAAGUCAGCGAUGCCGGGGUGGAUGAUGAGAGGAGGAUUGCGAAGAUUCUGACGAUUUCUUACAUUAUCAGUCCUAUUCUCGCAGUCACUGUUGUUGGGGCAUUGAAAGCGAGCCAAGCUGCAAUUUGAACAGCGUGACAUGGAGGUCGUCACGGUAUCAUCAUGGGUGAUUCUACAAAAUAUGCAAGUUCAUCUAUGAGCUUCAUGGUUUGUCCAAGAAAUAACAGCAGUUGUAAAUAUUACGCAGUGUCGCACAUUCAGUCGA